AUGAGUCCAGUUUGUUAUUACAAAGUGUUAGGUCUAACACAAACAGCUACAGAUGAAGAAAUACGUCGUGCCUAUCGUCGUUUAGCGCUUCAAUGGCAUCCAGACAAAAAUCCAACAAAUUCAGCGGAAGCAGAGAAAAAAUUUAAAGAAAUUAGUGCAGCUUAUGAAAUUUUAUCGGAUCGACAAAAACGUGCUCUCUACGAUAAACGUAGUGCAGAUGUUUUAGGUAGAACUCAUGCGAAAACAUCGAAAUCAACAAGACCAAGUAGUGGACGACGUCGACAUACAGCCGCAGGAACAUUUUUCACCGAUGAUCUAUUUGAUUCAAGUGACUUUUUCUUUCCGUUCAAUGAUUUCGGUUUUACUUUUCGAGAUCCGGAAGAAGUGUUUCGUGAAUUUUUCAGUAAACAUGUGAAUAUGAUGAAUGCAUUUAUGGAUACAGCUGGUUUAUUCCGAUCACAUAGUCAUUUACAUGAUCUAUUUAAUAAUGAUCAUCAUUUCAAUAAUGUAUUGCCUAGUCGUCAUUUACAUCAUACAACUAGUUGUAAAUCCACUACUAAUGAUCAUCAACCACGUACUCAUAAUGUUGUACGAAAGACUAGUAGUAUACCACAAAAUGUACCAGUACGUAGUUUAUCAACAAAAACAUCAUAUAGUUUCAAUUAUGAUGGUUCUAGUCGUCCACCAUUGCGAAAAGAAACAUUUCGAUCAACUUCAACUAGAAUUGAAAAUGGAAAAUGUGUUACCACACGUAAAAUAGUACAAGAUGGCAUAGAAACAGUGGAAGUAGAAGAAAAUGGUAUAUUAAAAUUGAAAACAGUCAAUGGUCAACCAGUUGCUAUUGCUAACGGUUAA